AUGAUCCAGUCGCAUCUAGGUCCGUCAGGGUUCGAAGAGCGCCGUGUACGACACCAUGGCACCGUCACGACGUUGCGACAGACAAAGCUUUCCAAGACUCCUCCUUCUGGAGAAGCCGCCGAGCGCAAACAACACUCUGGCAAUUCGGGAACGAGCAAAACGGCAAAGGAGACAGCUCCCAGCUUCAUGUUCAUUCCCAUGUCGGCUGAGCCUGGGGCAAGAGCACGAAUUCGACCUGAGCUUCGAGCUUCGGCCAAAGCACAUGUGAUGCAUGAUUACCAGCGAAAGACGGCCCAUCAGAGAAGCGCGCAUUGGAAGAUGUCGACGCCGACCACCUACAGUGUCACCCCGAAAGAACCAUCGCCAGGGAUGCCGGACACGGAGGUAUCCGGUCGGCCCUUGGUGUUGCGCGAGCGGAUGACGAUUCGGAAGAAAGACAAGCGGUCAAAGCAAAAGGUACAAACGGUAUCAGCCGAGUUCCCAUCUUCUGAUGAAUCUGGUCAGUCGUCCCAAGAAGAGAUCUCUUUCACGCUGUCCCACAGGGUGGCUUAUUCCCAGUUCAUCCACUACGAUCCGCCCGCGAUUCCCCGGCAACCACGCGGCAGUAACCUCAUGGACGUCUUCUGCACUCUGCCAGUUCAUGUUCAACCGUGGGACGAAACGUUGAUCACACGGUGGCUCAAUUACGACCGGAUCCCCUGGUGCCCCGUCAACGGACAGUCUCAAUGGGUGCCCUUUAUCACCAAUUCACCGAUGCUCCUACACACAAACCUGUAUUCCUGGGGCAUGCACUGGCACGGCAAACUGACCGGCAUCGACCAGGACGUCUUUCUGUAUCAGAACCCCCGGAUCCUGGAGCACAAGAUCGCGGCCAUUCAGAUGAUGAAUGCGCACCUGGUCUCAUCGACUGUGGUCACGGACGAGGCUCUCGCAGCAGUUUCCAUGUUCAUCAAUGUGUCGAUGCAGUUCCUGGACCGCGACGAGGCCGCAAGGCACAUGGCUGGCCUUGAGGCCUUGGUGAAGCUCCGAGGCGGUCUCGACGGCCUCUCCAGGAUGGGAACGGUAGGGGUCCUUUUACAACGAAUCAUAACGUGGAACGAUCUUUUCUUCGUCGAACUCUUCGGAGGAAGUCUGCGCUUCUCGCUCCUGCCGCGUUGGGAGGCGGCGUGGAAGUCGGUCUAUGCCCCUAUCGCGGACGACCCGGUCACACACCUUGAACCCUUACAGGCACGCUUUGCAGGAAACCUCGCACGGGAGAUCACGACGCUGCUGCGCGAGAUCCAAAUCGUCUGCAACGAUGUCCAGGCACGACCUCUAGCGACCCUGACGACGCUGGAACGGACACUGCGACAUGACAAUCUCUUCCGCUUUGAGCGCCGGCUGUGUCUUGCGACCCGGAUAACGACGAUCCAGGAGCACAUAUACACAAACUUACAGGCCGGCAGUGACGCCAUGUGGAGGGCCGUGGCCUACGCCGCACUGAUGUAUGUCCACCACCACAUCCGUGGACAUGCCCUGCACUGGUCCCAGUUUCCUGCAUUGGUCGUGCAGCUGCGCAACGAGCUGUCGUUUGUCCAGGACGAUAAUUGGGACGCGGUGCCGGCGCUGAAGGUGUGGGUCCUGGCGGUGGGUAGCUGGGUGAGUCAGGGGGAGCAAUGGAUCGUCUCUCUGCUGGCAGACGCCUGUCGAGCCCAGGGCUGUACCACUUGGAGUGAAUUUGACGGGAUGCUCAAGGAGUGCGUACACAUGGGAGGAGAGGACGAGAAGAAGUUCAGAAAGGUCUGGGAGCAUGUCAUCAGAUUACUUUGA